GCUGUGUGUUGCUCUCCUUCCUGAAAGACACUCGCAUUGGAGCCGCUGAUGUCGCUAAGCUCAGGCUGAGACAAUAAAGGUGAACAACACGAUUCCUGAAGAUAUUGUCAACUCCCACAUGGCAGUGAUCCACUGACUUGAACAUUAAACCAAGUACACUCCUCUUCAGAUUACAUUGCCUUCUUAGAUGCCGCUCAGUCUCUGUCUUUGCAAAUGGCUUGUUGUCUGAAGGACGAGCUCCUCUGUUCCAUCUGCCUCAGCAUCUACCAAGACCCUGUCAGCUUUGGCUGCGAGCACUACUUCUGCAGAAAGUGUAUCACCGAGCACUGGAGCAGACAGGAGCCUCACGGAACGAGGGACUGUCCUGAGUGCCGCAGGACCUUCGCCGACCCCCUCCUCUCGCCCAGUCUCAAGCUGUCCAACAUUGUGGAGCGCUACUCGGCCUUCCCUCUGGACGCCAUCCUCAACGCUCAGAGGAGCUCCUACCCCUGCAAGGACCACGAGAAGGUCAAGCUCUUUUGCCUCACCGACAAAAGUCUGGUGUGCUUCUUCUGCGACGAGCCGGCACUACACGAGCAGCACCAAGUAACCACUAUUGACGAGGCGUACGAGGAGAUACAGAGGGAGAUGAAGGAGCAGCUGGCCACCCUGCAGGACAGUGAGAAGGGACACACUGAGGCCCUGCAGCUUCUGCAAAGGCAGCUUACAGAGACCAAGUCCUCAGCCAAGAGUCUGCGAGCAACCAUCGGCGAUGCUUUCGAGCGCCUUCACCGCUUCCUACGCGAGCGUCAGAAGAGCAUGCUGGAGGAGCUGGAGACGGACACUGCCCGAAAGCUGUCCGACAUCGAGCACAAGAUCCAGCGCUACAGCCAGCAGCUGCGAGAUGUCAAGGAGGGCAUCCAGAUCCUGCAGGAGCGCCUCAAUGAGACUGGGCGUCACGACUUCCUGGAGGGAGUGGCUGUCACGUCUGAGAGGAUUAAAGGGAAGAUACAUGAGACCAAUCUGACGUAUGAAGAUUUCCCGACAUCUAAGUACAUGGGGCCCUUACAGUACACGAUAUGGAAGUUGCUUUACCAGGAUAUCACACCAGUCCCAGCAGCAUUGACCCUGGACCCCAUCACUGCCCACCAAAGACUGAUCCUCUCAGAUGACUGUACCAUAGUGGCCUACGGGAAUCUCCAUCCACAGCCUCUGCAGGACUCCCCACGCCGCUUUGAUGUCGAGGUGUCUGUCCUGGGUGCAGAGGGCUUUGUGUCAGGCGUGCAUUACUGGGAGGUGAUGGUGUCGGAGAAGACCCAGUGGAUGAUCGGGGUGGCCAACGAGUCCGUCAGCCGCAAGGGCAGCAUCCAGAUCCAGCCAACCCGUGGCUUCUACUGCAUCGUCAUGCAUGACGGAAACCAGUACAGCGCCUGCACAGAGCCCUGGACCCGCCUGAACGUUAAGAGCAAGCUGGAGAAGGUGGGGGUCUACCUGGACUACCCCAAAGGCCUGCUCAUCUUCUACAAUGCAGACGACAUGUCCUGGCUCUACACCUACAGGGAGAAAUUCCCCGCCAAGCUCUUCCCGUACUUUAGCCCGGGUCAGAGUCACGCCAACGGCAAGAACGUGCAGCCACUGCGGAUCAACACUGUACGCCUCUAAGAGCCACAAGCAUCCGUGGUCUGGAUUGUCCUGACAAAUGACAAAAUAGGCAAAUUCACAGGACUCUAAGAUUUCAAAAAGAUGUUGAACAAUUUAAUUUAAAAAUGCUUAGGUAGGAUUUUUGGAAAAGGGGUUGUGUGAGGUACUUUUCAUUAGUCACUGGCAAUAGAUGACAGUCAGCAUGGCCCCUGAAGAAGCAGGCUAAAGUACCAACACAGCUAUGAUCUGCUGUUACAUAGUUUCUCUGAAUUUCAAUUGUUACCUCAUACAACUCCACUUCAACAAUCCCUUCAUUAGGGUGUUUGAAAUGUUUCUUUCUUUCUUAUCAGUUAAGAAUCGUGCUCGAUGUUGCUCUUCAAACCUGUGCUGUUCUUUGUGGCUUGAAACGACCUUACAAUGAUGGCCUGCACUUGAGCCUAGUUUCAGCAUCUUUAACUAAAAACAUGGCACUAAAUGGAGACAAAGGGACCCCUGGGCUCCUCCGGGGUCUGUGGCAGUGAUAUAAAAAGAAAAGAGUGAUUUCUCCUCCUAAAGUGACUGUCCCAGGCCCACCUUGCACACUCCCAGCGGGCACCACUCUCCUUAUCAAGCUGUAGGCCUAUCAGACUUGAUGUCUCCUCUCUCACACUCUGUGCUGUACAGUUGGCUUUGCGUAUGUUGAAUGUGAUUGACAGCACUCUGCUCUUUUUUUCAGCUUCUCUUUGGCCAUCCUUAACUUGUCAAGUCUGGUUCACUUCUGUGUUAGAUCACAAUCUUGGUUUCUCCUGCAGGUCUCGUCCAUAUAUGCGAGUUCAGUCUUCACCUUGUGAAAUGAGGAAAGCUCUUGUUCUGUGUGCACCAGCUAAUAUCUGUGUCAUCCAAAACAAAGUUGAUCAUAGGAUGCCCGUCCUGGCCACUUUCAAGUCCUUCACAAAUGUGGGAGGACAGUCUGUUUGGAAUUUGAGAUUGUCUGAAAAUACGCUGCUGUAAGUGGUUGGAUGUCUGUCAUUAGACUAUCAAAGCAAGUAUCUCAUCAUGCUGGCUUAGGUGUCCACUGCUUCCCAAAACUUAGAGGAUGCUAGCCUUUUGGCUAUUCUGACACUUGUGCAUUCAGUGAGUACAAAUACAUUUCUGCAUCCAGUCAUGUUUUGUCUUGUGAUCAAAAUAAGAUUAAAUCAUUCUGUCAAAGCAGGUCACUCUGUGAGGCUUAGACCUCUAAGUGUAAAAGCUUAACUACUCAGAUGUCAAAAUCUGAUAGAUCAGAGAUGAAUCAUUCCUAGAACUACAAAAACCACAUGUUUUCUCCUAUUUUGAAUCAUAUCAUGCAUGUAUACAAAUGUAUCCUGUACGUUUUUGGGAAAUGGUAAUCAUCAUGGAAAAUAAGGAUGAAACGAUGGACUGAAUGGCACAUUAAUGUACUAUCCCUGUGCGACUGGCAUUCCCCAGGCUGUCGCUGUGUUACAUAAUGACAAAAAUCACUGAUAAUACCCCAUGAGGCUGCCCCCAUGUAUUUAUUUACCCCCAUGUGCCUCGAGUGCUCUUGUUUAUCAGCAGUUGUACACAAGUCCUGCAGAAUCUGCUCCUAAGAGUCUCCUGUCGCUCAGCCAAGUCCAGCAUACAGAGAGAUCCAGUUUGAGUGUGCGUGUCUGUGUGAAUGGGCGGGUGUGUUUUUGCAGCUAGAUUUUAAAUCCAGCUUUAGUGCCCCUCAAUAAGGUCCAUCUGGCUGACCAGGCACACCCAGAUAGUGGCCAAAAGUGUUUAUUACAAAAUACUUUAAGAUCAACUUCACAGGUUAGUCUUUAACCCAACCCCCCCCCCCCCCUUUAUUUGCCUCUGUACAUCUUUGCAUUUGUAUGUGUGUUGUCUGUGUUGUUCAAUCUCCGGGCAGUGCCCUUGUUUUGUAGGAUGGGAUUACGGUAUUUGCAGUAUGAUGCAAACUUGGGUCAAAUUCUGACACCUGCAAGUUACCCUUGAUGAUGUUUUAACUAGCCUGGACCUGCACAAAGCAAACAUUUUCUGAAUGACAAUGCCGGGAAAAAAUUGUAGAGCAGUCCUUUAUCUGGAAUUUUGUCAGAAAAUGUUUCCAUGUAACUCAGAAAAAAAACUGCUUUGAACAACAAGUUUAGCAUAAUUAUUAAGUUGAAGGUUUAGACAAUCAUGACUGGUAUUGUUUUAUUUUUUUUCUCUUCCCUCUGAUUUACACAGUCUAGAUUUUUCCAUGAGGUUUCACCCGUUAAGCAGGUUGUUUUUCUUUUUUCAUGAUAAAUCUAAAAAGUCACAUUUGACCCCAGUUUGCAUGGUCACAGACUUCAGUGGAGUCUGUUUGAAUAUGAAGAAGGAGAUUAUUUGGAUGUGGUGUUGGGUUCCUGGUGGUGAUGCUUAUUGUUUAUAUGAUUAUAUAAUGAUGAUAACUAUGACACUUGUAAUGAUUAUAAUGAUGAUUGUGUCUUUUGGUGAUGGCAGCUGUGCACCCAUCAUUGUGUAAACACACUCCUGUGUGCUUUUGCUGCUGAAGGUUUGUGGGAAAUGUUUUAAUGUACAAUAAAUUACUGAUUAAAUCAGCUGGUUGGGUUAA